UUGGUUGGCAGUAGAUUAGGAAUUAGAAUCUAGGCCUAGAUUCUAGAUCUAAAUCUAGGCCCUAGUCUAGAUUUCUAAAUGCUAGAUUAGAUAAAGAUAUCUAGAUCUAGUAUUAUCUAGGGGACUAUAGAGUAGAGCUAGAAUAGAACCAUGCCAUCUACAUUAGAGAUUAGAAUCUAGAUACUACUAGAUAGGUUGUCGUAAUAAUUUAUUCUAUAGGCCCAACUAAAUAUUAAUCGACUCAAUAUCUAGAUCUAUAAUAAUAUUAAUAUUAUUAACUAUUUAGAUCUAGUAGAAACUAAAUCUAGAUCUAGGCCUGCUAAACAAUGACAGACCGAUGUCCUGCUUAUGGUGUACCAACUCUGAUCUCUGAAAUUAUUUCAUCCCAGCAGUCUUUAGAAGGAAAAUCAGUUCGUGUAGUUGGACGCGUUGAUCAACAUGAUAUACACACAAAUAUUGUGAUGCUAUCAGAACCUAACAAACAAAAUUGUCAAAUCAGAGUGGACAUACAUCUCACAGACACUGACCAGUAUGUGAAAGGAUCACUGGUCAUGUUGAUAGGGGAGCUGGAGAAAGAUGAUGCCACAGGGGAGAUCACUCUCAAACCAAGAGUAGCAAGGAGUGUGGGUAGGAUGGACUAUACACUGUACUGUAGAAGUGUUGAGGUUUUGAGAAAGUUUGAUGAGAUUUGUACUCAAGGUUAGUUUUUUUCCAAACUAGCAGACAUUAAAUUUUGUUUCCUACCUGCUUGAAGUUCACAUGCAAACUCCUGUCACUUUGAUUGCAAGCAAUCACAGAAUACAAUCAAUCUUCGAAUGUUGCAAAGUUGCAUUAAAAUAUGUAUGGUACUUAUACAACAAAUUAAAUGGCAGCUAAGAUAUUUGUAAUCUGUAAGAAUGGAAACACUGCUGAAUGUGAUUUCAUUAACAAAUGCUAAUGUUAAUUCAUUUGAAGACAUUGUGUAUUAUUUAAUGAGUGCAUCCUUAUUGAUUUCUCUUUAUUAUUAUCAAAUGGUUUCUUAGGGUGAUUUUCUUUACUAAAAAGUGCCUUACAUUAUAGCAGCUGAUUGGUCAUUCAGUUCAUAUGAAAAUAGGUAUUGCUUUAUACAUUAUGUAUUACAGUUGUAAUAAUCUUAUGCAUUUUAUAUUUAAAUGUUAUUUAUAUUUAAAUGUUAUUGGUUUAAUCAGGACAAGCUAAAUCAAACAUAAUUCAAACAACACAACCAU